UACAAAGAAGUCCGCUUCUCCCAGCCGCUUGUCCCCAUACGUCGCGCGCGAUCGGUCGCUUCGAGUAACCCGCUGUUGGACCCGGCGCACCAGGCUGCCCGUGCAACUAAAAAGACAUCUACAGAAUAUGCUGCCUACAUGGAACAGUCGCGAUCGCUACUGGAGAGUCAACGGCUCACCUUUGAGCGUGAAAGAGCCAUUUUCGCACAGGAACGGAAGCUAUGGGACACAGAGCGGGCAGUCUUGAGGUCGAGAAUCGCCGAAUUGGAAUUGGCCGUCAAUGCAACACUCGGAGCCAAUUUUUUUCAACCCGACUUCACUUUCAAAACACCCUCACUGAGUUUCAAAAAGCCCUCAUUGAGCGUCGGCUUGUGGCAGCCGAAUGGCCCCGCUGACAGUCAACACCAUAUCUGGGAAGGUCCCAUACCAGGAUCAAGACGGCCAACACGGGUGUUCCCUGACGAUAGUGGCAGAUCUAAUUUAUACAUUCCCCCGACCGAAGCAAAUGGAUUUGGCUUUCGCUCGUCUCUCGACGCCGCUCUGUCACCGCAAUUCUUCGAUCGUCCAGCAGAGGCCAGUAUACCGGUGCCAAUAGAGAGAGUUGACAGUCGGCUAGAUGGCAUCACUCUCAAGUCGACUGCACUUCCUCCAGACGUCGUCGCGAAGGUCAUGACACCUCCGACCUCCCUCUCUCCCACAUCGUCUCCUCCCAAGACCGAGACAGAUUUCUCGAAACAACCGACAGAUAGGAAAUUGCCGCUCAAGAUCAAACUUGCUAAUAUUGGUCCCCCAGACGCAAAUCUGACACGGAACGCAGGACACACGCCGAUGGCAAUUAUUGGCACGGAAACAGAGACCAGUACCCAAUCUCCAAGUGAAAUAGCAGAAGAAGAGGCUCCCCUAGCGCCAGUAGUGACAAAACAACCAGUCGAAAGUGGAGACUCUUAUUUUCCAACAAUUGAUAAUGACCCCGCCUUGAAGGGGCCCCUUUCAUUACGAAACGAGGCAGAGGCAGAUAGCAGUUUUCUGUCAGAGCUCGAUAAGAAGCUCCUGAGCGAGGCCAAGAAAGCACUAUCCGGUCCCUCAAUCGACGAAGAAACGGAAGACGACAAUAAAGCUCCCGAAGAGCCGGACCCGGAGCUGAGACUCAAAGCCUCAACUAACUUUGGCACUGUAUUUGGCCAA